AUGUUUUACUCCCUCCAGCAACUGCUUCGAGAACGACAGCAGAUGGCCAGCCGUCCCUUUGCUUCUGUUGAUGUAGCACUGGAAGUAGGAGCUGAACACACAGAAUUUCUGCGAGGACCAUUAGAGGGGGCACCCAAACCAAUCGCCAUCGAACCAUGUGCUGGGAACAGAGCUGCUGUUCUGACUGUGUUUAUUUGUCUACCACAAGGAUCAUCAGGUGCCCCUCCUCCUGGGCAGUCAGGCCUUGCAAUUGCCAGUGCCCUAAUAGACAUUUCACAACAGAAGCCUUCAGAUAGUAAAGACAAGACUUCAGGAGUCCGAAAUCGAAAGCACCUCUCAACACGUCAAGGAACUUGUGUCUGAAAAAUGAAAACCACUCCUGUAUAUUUUGUAAUGUUUUAUUUUGUAAGUGGCUUCUGUUAAAGCUGUUCUAUGGCCUCAGACUUUAUGGAGGCAAAUCUCUGUAUCAUCCAGGGCCCAAGUACAGUUUCCUCCAAAUGGGCAAUGAUCCAAGAGGCCAAAGAAUGUUCAUGAGUUUUAUAAAGGUAAGACUAUUGAUGGUCACAGGUGAUAAAGUCAGUUUUUACGACUAUCUUAGGCUUAUUAUAGCUAACAUUAAAUUACUCUGGAAAAAUAUGUAUAUUGUUUCUUAAUGCAGAUGAAAAAUAUGUAAUUCAUAUAAAUCAAUUGUUUAUAUCCCAAGACUUUAAGGAAAGACAUUUUAUAAUGCCUGAAUGAUGAGAAUUGUACAGUUUUUGCCUCAUAAGCAAAUUUAAAUCAUCUGUAUAUGGACAGGAAAUGAACAAAUUGCAAUGGCUUUGAAUACUGUUUUAUCUCAUUGUAAAUGUGAAAGCAAGAUUUCCAUUUAGUAGGAUGUAGAUAAUGUAUUUAAAUAUUUCACAUGACCAUAUUAUGCCCAAACUCAAUUUGAGAACAUGACAGUUUUCUCCCUAACUGGAAUGCAGACCAGGAGUCCAUUUGGAUGGAUGGUAUGUGCAACUUCACAGGAGGUUUAUUAGAAUUCUCAGUGUAGGGGACAUUCCCGUCAUCCAAGCCAACUGCCUAACUCAUUAUCAGAGCUGAUAGAGCAUGGAAACGCCUGUCCAGCAAUCAAUUUUUCUCCUCCUUCCAAAAACAGCCUCUAACACCACAACCUGAAGAAAGCUGAAAUAGUUAUUUUACAGUGUACAAGUUUCUGCUCCAAUAUGGUAAUUUUUUAAUUGCCUAGGAAUCAUUGGAUCAGACCUAAAUGAUCUAUCUGCAUUUUUAGAAGAAUGGAUCAUUUUCUUUUGGCCUUCCUUUCCUAGCUGCUAGAUUUUAUCUACCUUUUCCAAAUGUUAUGAAAUGUAUUUUAGAGGUGAUACCUCAAGUUAUAAUAUGACCCAAGUUUUUUCUGCCAACUAUUUCACUUAGAAUAUAAGUAGAAAAGAACACUGGCUGGUGAGCAUCAAGUAUUCUUAUUUCUAACAUGAAUGCGUCAGUGUCAUGAGAAAAAAAAUCUGCAGAUUAGAAAAUACUUUCAUUGCUGCCCACAUUCAGUGUAUGACUCAAAACUCUGAAUUAUGGCAGAAAGAAAAAAUAAAAUAAAACAGUCUUCACAUUAAAACAUACAAUCAUUUGUGUCCUAAUGUUUACCACAAUCACUAAAACUCAGUAGCAUUUUCAGAUGUAGUUUGGAAUUGCAGUUUCUUAACUUCAGGGUGACUUCAAGAUAUAUGUAAGAACAGUGACAGAGAUAUCCAAAGCUGCUGUAUAUGAUAUAGCCUUGUUCAAUAUGAAAGUCAUUUAAAUAUAAUUGAUGUUUAGUACUAUAUAUGUACUUUUCACGUUCUUUGGAUUUCUGGAAGGUAAUGACACUUUACUGUUUACAGCUAAUGCAUAGUUCUUUGCAUGCUAUGGUUGUACAGUAGCGGAAUAUGACCCUAUUGUGAUAUUAAAUGUUUAUUUCAUAAUACCACUUAUACAUAGUCAGCUUACUUUGAUGAGGAUUGAAUGUAAUAUAUAACAGGAAUGAUCAUAUAAUAUGUAGUUGCAUCUUAUAUAAGAUUGCUAAGUUGCAUCUAACCAUAACUAUGUCAUUUUUUUAUAAUUAGGCAUUUAUGAAUGACAGUAUAUAUUCUUUAUGUUGGCAUGAUAAUUUUGCUAUUUUCCAUGCAUUAAAAAAAUGAAUUCGUAGAGUAAUUUUAUCCAUAGCCUGUGGGUUUUUUGGAGAGGGAGGGCACUGGUUGUUUUUACUUCCCUAUGAUAUUUUCUCUCUCAAAGAAUGUAAACAUCUCUUAAAAACAAUCAAGUAAUUUUAUCAGCUUCUUUUUGGACCCUUUAAAUGUUGAUUUUUCUCAUGAAAAAAAAUUGACAAAACUAAUGAUUACAAAGAUAUAAUCACUUUAAAAUAAAGUGAUGCCUAAUUUAUUUAAUUCCUCAACAGAUGUCAUGAGAGAAAACUUUUGUCACAAAAAUACCAAAACAUACAGAAUUGUAUGUAAAAUCUAUAUCAACUACACUUUUAGAGACACUGAGCAUAUAGUAUUACCAUGAAAUAAUUGUCAAGUUUUAUCUACCUUGAAUCCCAUCAUGUUCUUAAAACUUGAAAAUUCAAAUUUUAGAAAAUUGUGGGACACAAUGCAAUGUUCAGUUAAAGCUAUACUGUACCUUUCUGUACCAAAUAUUACUAACUCUGUGACUAAUUAUGUAAUUAAUUCUCAACUUUAGCAAAGCUUUUUGCUGGCAGUAAAAUUUUUUGCCCUCAGGUAAAGUGGAUUGAAAAAACAUCAAGGAUCAAGGAUAAUCACUUUGAGUCUGCGUCUUGGUUCUUUUUCCUUACGUCCCAAACACUUUAAAUUUGAAUGCUUUCAUUUUUUAAAAAAAUCAAACCACACAAAAAUGCAGAUACUUUUCUAGAAGUUAGCAGUUAAAUGACUGAUUCUCUUGAAAAUUUACCUUCAUGGAAUUCCAAACAUUUCAGUUUACAACGACUUUGAAAAAAUUCUUUAGAUUUUUAGAAUUUUUUAAAUCAGCCAAGUAUGAGAAAAAUGUGGUUAAACAGAAAGGAGUUUUAAAAAUUAACCUGAGGAUGUAAUUUGGACAGCUAGAAAAUUAUUAUUGGCAAAGAAUCAGCACAUGCUUACAGAUCGAUUUAAUAAAUUUUAAGAGAAUUAGGCUUCUCAUAAUUGCUUUAAAUGAAAAUUUACUGUAGUGAUACACAGAGAAGGAAAAAUAGACACCAUAUACCAUAUAGUGUUAUAUUCAGUAGGAACUUCAAACAGGACAUAUUUAAAUGUGUAUUCAAUACUUGCCAUACUUCCCAAUAGCUCAUUUUGGCUUCUGUAUAACUGCUGUUCGUGCCAUAGAGUCACUUAGAGUGCAGACUGGCAUACAUACUGGAGAACAAACGUUGGCUCCAGCUUGGACGUAUGUGGUGCUGGGCAAGUUUUACCUUUGAAACAUCAGCUUUUACAUUAGGCAAAGUCAUGGUGCCCACCUUGCACAGCCACUGUGAGGCUAGAUAGAAGGUAACAAACAGAAACCUCCCACAGCCAGUCCUUGAUGCAGCAUAACCAGUGUUAACAACCAUGUAGCCACCAGGACACUCUUUUUCUACUAACUGUUUUAUGAAUCCAUCUAUUAAUUUUUACGCCUUGGGUAAAAGUCAGGUAGGUGUUUGCAAGAAGACUACCUGAAUAUUUUAAGUUCCUGUAUUUCUAGGAUAUAGGCAUUUCUAAAAAACUGCUUUGAUAUUUGUGUCAAUAGAGACUUUAACUCUUUCUAAAUCUGUAUAGCUGUAGUAAAAUAUAAUUUUUUAAAUUACUGCUUGAUGACAUUUAGACAGGAAUGUCAGUUGUCACAUGCAAAUUAGGCAAGAAGUCAAUGCUUACAUUUUGUUGUCAUGCACGAUACAUCUUUUUUCAAGGCAAAUAAAACUAUGAUUUCAAAAAUA